AUGAACGAGAAUGAUGGGAAGGAGUUUGCGGAACUAGGUGUUAAACAAUGGCUUAUCAAACAACUGUUUAGCCUCGGUAUCCGAAGUCCAACGCCCAUUCAAAAAGGUUGUAUAUCAAAAAUCCUCGAAGGUUACGACUGUAUCGGAGCAGCCAAGACUGGUUCUGGAAAAACGUUUGCCUUUGCUCUUCCAAUCCUCCAAAGUUUGGCUGAGGAUCCUUAUGGAAUCUUUGCUCUGGUUCUUACACCUACACACGAAUUGGCCUAUCAGAUAGCCGAUCAGUUUCUGAUAUUAGGAAAGCCGUUAAAUCUAAGAGUAUGUAUCGUGACAGGGGGCUCUGAUCAGCUCGAAGAGUCCUUGAAACUGGCAAAGAGGCCACACAUAGUAGUGGCGAUGCCCGGCAGACUAGCAGACCAUAUAACUGGCUGCGAUACAUUCAGUUUGAAGAAGAUAAAGUUCCUAGUUUUGGAUGAAGCCGACAGGCUAUUUAGUGAAUCAUUCCAAGAAGACCUUGAGACGAUUUUCAAAGCAUUGCCGCAGAAGAGACAGAACUUACUGUUUUCAGCAACAAUCACUGAUGAUGUGAAAGAAUCUAAAAUUUUGCCACUCAACCAAGGUAAACUCACAACAUGGUCUGAGAACGACCCACAACUGACAGUGAACACUCUAGACCAGAGGUACGUGGUUUGUCCGGCGUACGCUCGAGACGUUUACAUGGUCCAGACUCUGAGGAAGUACAGAGAGACCAAGCCAAGUUCACAUAUUAUUGUGUUCACUGAUACUAAAAAGGAAUGUCAAGUACUAUCAAUGAUGUUGAAUGAGAUCGGAAUGGAUAACGUGUGUCUGCACGGCUUUAUGCGACAGAAGGAACGCGUGUCUGCGCUGACCCAGUUCAGAAGUAAUUUGAAGUGCACAUUAAUUGCUACUAACGUAGCGGCGAGGGGCUUGGACAUACCUACCGUGGACUUGGUGGUAAACCAUAAACUGCCGCUGGAGCCUAAGGAGUAUAUACACAGGGUCGGUAGGACCGCAAGGGCGGGUCGCAACGGUAUGGCGAUAUCAAUUAUAACGCCCUACGAUAUACUGAGGCUCGGUGAGAUAGAAGAUCAGAUAAAAACUAAGCUCAGCGAGUAUAAAAUUGAUGAGGACGAGGCGGUGCGUGUUUUCACGACGGUGAGCGUGGCGCGGCGCGAGCAGGAAGCGCAGUUGGACGACGAGCAGUUCGAGCGGCGCGCGCGCAACUACCGCCACAAGCGCUGGCUCCUGGCCGGCCUCGACCCCGCGCGCAUGGAGCAGGGAUUGGAAGAAAUGCGUAGGAAACGAGCUAAGGCAGCUAAGAAAGUGAAAUUGGCGAAAAUUAAAGCAAUUCAAGAACAACUAAAAAUUGCGGAAACUGGUAAAGUUACUGACCGUCUCGAACCGCACGCUGACAUCGACGCGACCAUUAAGGAUAGUAUCAAAAAAGUGAAUAAGUCCCUUAUGAAAAAAGACGAUAGGUUCAAAGACGUCAUAGGUAAAGUUAGUAAAAUCAAAAGAAAAUCGGAAAACAUGAAAACGAAGCAAAACCAGGUGAAAGACAAAUCAAAUAAGAAGAAAAAGAAAAUUUAAUUAAUGUUGAAAAUAAAAUUGUUAUGUUU